UCCCCUGCUCCCGUCGCGAGCCGUGGCCGCGCGGGUUCCGGAGCUGCGGUCUUGUGCGCGCGCUGGGAGGGCGUCGGAGGCAGACAGGUACGGACACUGCUGGAGUCGAAGCCCGAGGAGGAGUCUUUGUAGUGAGGGGCCGCCGCAGCCGCCGCGAGCCUCCAGACCUACGCCAGGCCGAAGAGGGCGCCGCGCGGCGAACUUGGCAAGAUGACCCAGUUCCUGCCGCCCAAUCUUCUGGCCCUCUUUGCUCCCCGGGACCCCAUCCCAUACCUGCCACCUCUAGAGAAGCUGCCACAUGAAAAACACCAUAAUCAACCUUACUGUGGCAUUGCGCCAUACAUCCGAGAGUUUGAGGACCCUCGAGAUGCCCCUCCUCCAACUCGUGCAGAAACCCGGGAGGAACGUAUGGAAAGGAAGAGACGGGAAAAGAUAGAGCGGCGACAGCAGGAAGUGGAGACAGAGCUAAAAAUGUGGGACCCUCACAAUGAUCCCAAUGCUCAGGGUGAUGCCUUCAAGACUCUCUUCGUGGCUAGAGUGAACUAUGAUACAACAGAAUCCAAGCUCCGGAGAGAGUUUGAGGUGUAUGGACCCAUCAAAAGAAUACACAUGGUCUACAGUAAGCGGUCGGGAAAGCCCCGGGGCUAUGCCUUCAUCGAGUAUGAGCACGAGCGAGACAUGCACUCCGCUUACAAGCACGCAGAUGGCAAGAAGAUUGAUGGCAGGAGGGUCCUUGUGGAUGUGGAAAGGGGCCGAACCGUGAAGGGCUGGAGGCCCCGGCGGCUAGGAGGUGGCCUUGGUGGUACCAGAAGAGGUGGAGCUGACGUGAACAUCCGGCAUUCAGGCCGCGAUGAUACUUCCCGCUAUGACGAGAGGCCGGGCCCCUCCCCGCUUCCCCACAGGGACCGGGACCGGGACCGUGAGCGGGAGCGAAGAGAGCGGAGUCGGGAGCGGGACAAGGAGCGCGAACGGCGUCGUUCCCGCUCUCGGGACCGGCGAAGGCGCUCACGGAGUCGCGACAAGGAGGAGCGGAGGCGCUCCAGAGAGCGGAGCAAGGACAAGGACCGCGAACGGAAGCGGCGAAGCAGCCGGAGCCGAGAGCGGGCUCGGCGGGAGCGGGAACGCAAAGAGGAGCUGCGUGGGGGGGGUGGCGGUGGUGGCGACAUGGCGGAGCCCUCUGAGGCAGGUGAUGCACCCCCUGAUGACGGGCCUCCUGGGGAGCUGGGUCCUGAUGGCCCUGAUGGUCCUGAAGAGAAGGGACGCGAUCGUGACCGUGAACGACGGCGGAGCCACCGGAGUGAGCGCGAGCGGCGCCGCGACCGAGACCGAGACCGGGAACGCGAGCACAAGCGGGGGGAGAGGGGUGGUGAACGGGGCAGAGAUGAGGCCCGAGGUGGGGGUGGCGGUGGCCAGGACAAUGGGCUGGAGGGUCUGGGGAAUGAUGGCCGAGACAUGUACAUGGAGUCUGAGGGAGGCGACGGGUAUCUUGCUCCAGAGAAUGGGUAUUUGAUGGAAGCUGCUCCAGAGUGAAGAUCCUCCCUUUGCUCUGCUGGACGUGUUCCUGCCCAACAUUUUCUGUCAUCUUCCCCAACUUUGGCCACCUGAUUUGCCCUUUGAGGGUAGGAAUUUUGAUUAUUUGUUCUGUCCCCUUGGAUUUAAAAAUAAAAUUAAUUUCCUGUUCAUUG